AUGGACAUUGUGGAAGUCAAGCCUCAGGACGCCCUGCAGGCCGUUCGAAGACGGCCCUUGGAGCGUCGGCCUGUGCACAUCCACGAAGGCGUGAUUGCACGCCUGGAAACCUGUGAGCGCAAGAAGGACCACAUAAGAGGUUCGGGUCUGCAGUAUGUGUUGCGCUCCUUGAACAGGCAUUGUUCCCAGCUGAGUCCGGACAAGUUGCUUGAAGCCCUUCGGAUAUUGAGCGAGAAUCAGCUCUUUGAUCGUCGCACCCUCUACAACUUGUACGACUCCAUUGCGCGCAACAUCCUGUAUUUCACUCCUGCGCAACAUCGCAAGCUCCUGACGUACAUCGGCACAUGCCUGUCUUACACGGUUCACGGGGCCAAAUUGCUCUCUGCGGAAGAUUGCGCAACAGUGAUAUCGCAACUGGACAGCUUCCUGCCGCGAAAUGCCAAGGAUACUCCGAGUGGAGUUGCAGACGCUGUGAGCGACACUAAUGAAAGUCAUGGACCAGAUCAAACGGUGAAUGACGAUGCUGUUGUGGCCGCAGACGAAGUGGUUGGUGCCGGCUUCAAUUACCUGAGCAUCGCUGACUUCGAUGGCGGCCCGGUGCCUCUUGACGAAUUAAAUCGGUUGAACCUCGAGAUUGUCCGCAAAACAGCCGCCCUUUAUGGUGCGAACAUCCUGGGAGGCGCCCGUGUAGUGGCGGCUUCGGAUUCUGGCGCCAUCUUGGGUUCAGCACUGGAGAUUAUGCUUAAGCUAUCCUCCACUCUAGACGUCCACACGAGCACGAUUGAAGACUGCGCCCGAAACCUUGCCGAUAUAGUGAGCCACGUGAAUAUAGAAUCGUUGCAAAGUUUGGGCGACGCACGAGAUGCUGCCCUGCGUGAUUUGGUACGACAUGCACAUGGGAUUGCCGACGCCCUCUCGAUUAUGUUGCUGGAUGUCUUACCAAAGAUAACACGCGCUGUGUCGCUACCCAAAUGCGGUAUUUCAGAUUAUCUAACGUCGUCGAUGUACUUGAAGCUGGACCUGCUUAGGGGCUCAAGGGAGGUUCGGUCUGCAUAUGUCGGUGCUGACCCAACAUUAUUUCGCAUGCUCAGCGAUGCUUUGCAUCACAUAACAGCACGGUGCGACAGUGAAGAUAAACAGCCGCUCAGCUUAGAUGUGCAGCAGUCCAUAUUCGGCAUGAAGCAGUUGGAGUCACAAAUGCAGCGGUUAUGCGAAUUGCUCAAUUCACAGAAUUUGGACUGUUUCAACGACAUCGUAAGGUUGAACUCGAAGUGCCUGUCGCUGCAUAAGGUCCUAAGUGUUUUUGACACCCAUGGCCAAUUGACACGGCAUGACCAUGACGGCAACUCCUCCGAUCCCCCGUAUACUUUGCGGGAUUUUGCUUCGCGAUGUGUAGAAGAAUUCGGGAACCACAUAGAGGCUAUGGAUCCAAGUGUGGUGUCAAUGCUGCUGUGUAUAAUUGCCGAUGGCCACGGAAGUCCUCCAGAGCAGCUUGGAGACGAGUUGCGCAACAUUUUGCCCGAAUGUUUUCGCAACUUGUACGUCAACAGCAAGUCACUUAGUACAGCCAGCAUCCUUGACGUGAUCGAGCGGUGCUACACCAAAAUGGGCUACCUGCAUCAUUACGGGGCGCGUAUUAUGCUGAACACGGCGCUGUCACGUUACGUAAUCAGCCAUGCUGACGCCGUAUUGGCGGCGAACCUCCACAUGCUGUGCCUCCGCAUCCCGUACGACAUGGUCGCCUGCGUUCGCAGGAAAAGUUUCAUGCGAGUCGUGUCUUAUUUGGACGAUGUUGGUCUAUGUGAACACGGCUCUAGGAAAUUUGACCGAGAAGCACAGGAGGUGGAAGGUGAAGAGUAUCAUUACAACGGCCGAGGAACGCGGUUCCUACCUGAUCGUAGUGCGGGCAGAGUGCGGUGCGUCUACAGCAGCUACAGGAGGUCGUGCGGGAAACCCAAGUACCAGCCAAACCAAGGCGACGAAAAAUCGCUUAUGCCUCGUCAGCGUGGAACGUCGCACAUUUACAAGCUGUGGAAAGCGGUCCAGCCCGAUCUGUUGCGCAAGCUUCUGCCGCUUAUUCGUUAG